AGGGCCCAGCAUCGGCCGCGGCACCGAACGAGCGCGCGCGGUAAAGAGCAGCUUUCAUCUGCGCAUGCGCAUUACGUCUGAGUUUGGUUUCACGGUCACUGCGCAGGAGUUUCUAGCGUUCUUGUAAACUACACUUCCGAUGUUUACUAACAAAUUCGCUGAGGAUUGCCCGUUCAAUAGUAAGCAGAGCGUGCGGACUGUGGCUGCUUCAACGCAACUUCUAUACGACGACGAAACGAGCGACAUCUUGAUUUCGGCUUAUUACCAACCAAGUGAUUGACAAAUGUGAAGGAUUCACCAAGGAUGUGUUCACCUAAUUCAAUACUGUUUACAAUGAAGUAGUUAUAUCUUUACAAAAUCAUCAUCAUCAGCAUCAUCAGCCUAUUGAUGCCCCCACUGCUGGGAUACAGGUCAUCUAAGAUCAAGGCUUUGCUCCACGUCGCAGGCCCUGCGUACUGUUACGUACUAUUGGUGCGUUUUAACGACCAUAGGUGAAAAGGGGACCAACAUCUCAAUAUUCUUUUCGAAGUACGGAGAAGCCUGAGCUUAAAAAAAUGUUGGUCACAGGUCACCCAUCCUAUGACUAUUGCAAACCGAACGCGAUAACUUCAGUGCGAUCGAGCUUCAAAUAACAAUACCAAAAAAUUCGAUUCCAAAUAAGGAUAUUACAAAAUAAUUCAUCAUUUUCAGUUUCCGUUAAAACUUGAACAAUAUAUGUAAAUGACUUUUUACGGAAAAUCAAUCCCUGUUAGAAGAAACAGACCACAGAGACAGAGAAGUAACAGAUCCGGAUUGCGAAGGGUGCGGGUUCGAGUCCCGUCCGCUACCUGGUCCGCGUGGUUUUUUUUUCUAGUAAAACUUUUCUUUAGAUUUAAACAUUCUAUGUCCAUAGUUAAAAAAAUAAAUAAAUAUUACCAACACUCUCACCAAUUAGCUAGCCCCAAAGUAAGCACUGUAUGGCUUGUGUUAUGGGAUGCUAGGGUAACGAAUAGAAUACAUAUGCAGUACAUAUAUAAGAAUAUUGAUAUAGAAAUACAUAUUAUACAUCCAUGACUGGAGUACAAAUGCUCGUACUCAUCACACAAACAUCUGCCCUCACCAGGAUUUGAAUCCGGGACCCCUCGAGUCGGCGACACCAUGAUACC